CUCUUUCUAUCUGCCUCUCAAAAUUCUCACACCAAACCAACACCGUCAACAAACACAUCGUCUUCACAUAUUUCAUGUAUUCCUCGUCACUCAUCUCUAGCUUCAUCACACAUUCUGUUUAUCUCUUUCGUUAGGUUAAACUUCAAGCUACCUACACUACACCUUCUCUAAUCCAUGCCAGUCAACUCUACACUCUACACAAUAGGUGAAUUCAACGUCUCAUGCUCUGCAUUUCCGAUUCUCGUUUCUUAAACUGAUGCAGUAUGUAUCUGCCUUCUUAACUUAACUUAAGUCUAACUUUCUUCUUCUUCAUCGUAAUCGAAAUCGCAAACUGCAUGUUAUUGGGAAACGUGCUUCCGUAAAGGUUUUCAGUAGACAGUAUGAUAGGUCUUGGUGGUUGAUUUCAAGAGAUUGUGGGUCCGAUGAAUAUUAAUUACGAUUGUGAUAGAGAUAGUGGCUCAGUAUUAUGUCAGCUGGUGCCAUUCUGAUUGUGAUUCUUGUAGUACUGUUGUUGCUUUAUCAAGCUCCCUCCAUGGAAGAUUACAUGCUCAUUAAAAGUCAUCUUUCAUUGGAUUUGGAUGAUCAACUCAUGAAUACCCAAACCUUUGUCAUGAAAAUGGUGGAAAAUGUAGAAGAUCCUUAUUCUGUAUGCAUUGAAAAAGAUGUAGAUAUCGAGAAGGGGAAGUCAGAGACACCUGGAAUCAAUCAAGAAACUGUUGGUGACUUAAAGAAUGAGGAAGGACAGAUGUUGCUGAUGAAUCACAACCUGAUCUUACCCAAGUUCUCUAUUCGAGAGGCACCCAGAAUGAGGAAAUACAAGCGUUCUUCUUCCUUCAAUUCAAGAAAAGUCCUUCUUCUGUUCUCAGUAUUGUCAAGCUUGGGAACUAUUAUACUUAUAUAUCUGACACUCAGAAUUAAACAAAUUGGUGAUUGGUGAUGCCUCUAUCCAUUCCAUAUAUAAAAACUUAAACUUACUUUAUAUUCAUUCACUUAGAGAAUGUUAGUUUAGGGUUGUGUUUUUUCAUCUGCUAGGGUUGUUUUUGAAUGUUUUGAAGCAUCUUGUGCUUUCAGAUGUAGAUAACUUGAGGAUAGUGUCAUGUU